CAAUCCGUUACAUAACGCAGGAGAGUAGGAUAAGCUUUCGAAAAUACAAUUGAUUGAAUUUUUUGAAAGACUGGAAAGAAAAAAUACUCCUGCUCCUUUAACGAAAUGGCAGUCAGAGAUUGACUCGUCAGUGCAACGUUCACAUUCAUCGGUUCAUCGCACAUGGUACUCGGCCGCACCCGGUGAGCUUCGCGUCCCUCCGCGCGUUCCCACCACCGCUGGCAGUAGUUCGGUAGUGGCAGGCUGAAGACGUCGAGAGAGCGAAGAUGUUAACUCGUUGCUGGUGGUGAUUCACACUGUCCGUUCGUUCCAUCCCGUCCCACCGAAAGACGCGAUCGACGAACUUGGUUUUGCUCGACUUGGAAGCAGAUGAGCGAAAUGAUGGAAGAACCAUUGAGCCAAGGCGCUUCACCUUCCAGCGAUGGCAACUUCUCAACAGUUGGCGGUGGUGAUGGGAGUGGUGGUGAUCUCAAUUCGUCCAGUACCAUAGUCAGCUUAGAUGAGAGAAUACUGGACGUCACAUCGCGACACACUUUGAACGUCCUCCGAACACCGUUGACCAAAAAGGCCAAACGCGUCCGUUUCUUCCGCAACGGUGACAAAUAUUACACCGGCGUGGUGAUGGCAGUGACGCCAGAACGAUAUCGCAGUUUCGACAGUCUCGCGUCUGAUCUGACGCGCGCCUUGGUAUCGAGCGUGACUCUGCCAAACGGCGUUCGCGCUAUUUACACGAUGGACGGUCGCAAAGUGCAGAGCGUGAGCGAUUUAGAAGACGGCAAGUGUUACGUGGUAUCUGGUCAAGGUGAGAUCUUCAAGAAAGUGGAGUACUCAUCGUCCAAAGUCAGACGCGGCAGUUCCCUGUCGGGACUGCCACAGUCCCCGGCGGCUACUGGCACUGGCAGCGGUGGCACCGCCACCACCACCGUCACCGGCAGACAGACCAGCGCGAUCCCGUUGUGCGUCAAAGCGCGCAUCGUCACGCUGAUUCGCCACGGCACCAAGCCGCGUAAGGUCCUAAGAUUGCUACUCAACAAACGCAACGCUCCUAGUCUCGAGCACGCGAUGGAGGCCAUCACGGAGGCGGUGAAGCUCGACUCCGGCGCGGUGAGGAAAGUUUAUACGCUGUCGGGUCAGCAGGUCACCUCGCUCGAGCAGUUCUUUCAGAACGACGACAUUUUUGUGGCGUACGGCCCGGAAAAAUCCGCCCAGGAGGAUUUCGAGCUAGACUUUGAGGAAACUAAAUACGUGCAGAGUUUCCGACGAUGUCUCUGGAGUUCCAAGCGUCAAAGUGGUCCGAUGCCUAGAAUGCCAAGAAAGUCCGGCAAGAAGACGCUCACCACACCGCAAGUCAGAACUCCCAGUCCAUCCUCUUCGAUACUGCCACAGCCGUUAAGGCUGCAUUACGCCGUGGGUCACAUCAUCGGCGAGGGGAACUUUGCCGUCGUUAGGCAUUGCAUUCACAAGUCUACCGGUGCAGAAUAUGCUGUAAAAAUUGUAGACAUGUACAGAUGUCAAGGCAAGGAGAUGUUGGCGAGCGAGGUAGCGAUCUUGAGACAAGUUUGCCAUCCAAACAUAAUCAGUUUGAUCGCGGAGCAGGAAACUACUAAUCAGCUGUUCUUAGUGAUGGAACUUGUAAAGGGAGGAGAUUUGUUCGAUGCGAUCGCAGCCGCGACGAAAUUCUCCGAAGCGGAGGCCAGUGUGAUGAUCAGCCAUCUGACAUCCGCUCUGGCUUAUUUACAUUCGCACCAUAUUGUGCAUCGUGACGUAAAGCCGGAAAACCUUUUAGUCGAAAUGGAUGGCAGUCAUGUCAGGUGCUUGAAAUUGGGUGAUUUCGGACUCGCGCAGGUAGUUCGAGAACCACUGUACACAGUCUGUGGUACACCGACCUACGUAGCCCCGGAAAUUCUCGCAGAAACUGGAUACGGCUUGAAGAUCGACGUGUGGGCUGCUGGAGUGAUUCUGUAUAUUCUUUUGUGCGGUUUCCCGCCGUUCGUAUCGCCAGAGAACGAACAGGAAGAAUUGUUUGAACGUAUUCUAAGCGGACAAUACGAGUUUACAUCGCCGUAUUGGGACGCGAUAUCCGACUCUGCGAAACAGCUCAUCUCAAACAUGCUGCAGGCGCAACCCGAACUUCGUUUCAGUGCCGAAGACGUGCUAGAUCAUCCGUGGCUCGCGCAGAGCUUUCUAGGAGGCGAGCAGACCCCAGCAUCAGCAGCACCCACCGGCACGGCGAAGCAACACUGGGAUCAGCAGCGUAAGCCGAUAAGGCUGGCGACCUUUGAAUUCGAUUUCAAGAAGCAGCGCGGCAACCGACAGGACUCGCCGAACACAGAAGCUGCCAGGACGAGCGCGAGAACCGAAUGGAAGUUAGUUGAUGCUCCUCCUGUCAAGCGUAUCGAGCUCCGGGAAGGAUCGCCAAAGGAGCGACGAGACUGCGACGAGAUUGAUUUUGCCAAUGGUAAUCGCAGGGAAGAGGAGGAGAAGGAAGAGCUUGGCAGCAACAACGAUGACGACGAUGAUGACGACGAUGACGACGACAACGAUAACGGUGAUUCGGCAUUCCUUCAGGAUAUGCACAGCCUUAGCCGCUCGAUGCAUGACCUAAUAAACAAUCUGAACUUGAAUCUGAACGAGGAUAAAACCUCGCGAUGUCGUUUGACAUCGCGCAGCGCCGCAUCGUCACUCAACAGCAUUCCGGAGAAUCUUAAUUCAUCGUCGUUACAAAACGAUUCGAGGCUAACAACGACCACGUGCAACUAUAACAGCAAUUCGUCGAUACAUUGCGACGAAAAGAUUGCCGAGAAUCUUCCGGCAACUCCCAGAAACUGUCGAGGCGACAAGAAGAACGGAAAUACACCAAAGGCCGCCAAGUACUUGGACAUUGAUAUUCAUUGCGAGACGCCAAAAUUGUCGUCCAAGCGCACCCUCGAUAGCAACGGAAGGAUAUGUAACCGGAGGAACCUAUUCGACAGUGACGACUUUCGCAACAGCAAUGUGUCGACCGCUGUCGUGUCGACAUCCAGCGAAAGCAGCCUGUCCCAUAGUUCGACCGGCGGUAACGACAUCGAAACCUCCGAUAGCUUCGUGAAUAUCCAGUUUGCGCGAUUGGCGCGCGGUCGAAAGUCCAGCUCGACGCAGAGUAUGGAGUCGACCGACAGCUUCGAGAACGUGAGCUUCCGCUACGUAGCCGACACUAAUGACAACGGUCGUCUCCCGGAUGAUUCUUCUCCGCAAAUCCCUUCGAAACACACGGCACAUGGUAGUCAUCGGGUGCGGAAGUCUGCUACCAAAUCUCUGCCGCAGACUCGUAUCGCCGCUCUCAACUCGACCUCGAGAUCAGUUAAGCUGGACAAUCAAGCCGAGGGGAAGACUUGCAGCAGCGGCAGUCCAAGAAUUCAAGAGACGAAUAAAUGUACGAGGAACGAGCCGGUCAAGUUGCGGUACGAGAGAUACAUCGGUAAAAAAGGUCAGGUAGACUCGAAACACACGAGCAAGAAUAAGAGAUACAGCUGCUUUUCACCGUGCACCGCCAAGAAGUCGUCGGCCGAGGAAGAAGCGGUCGGCGAUGACAAAGUAGUGACGCGCAAAUUUAAUUCUACGGACGAGCUGAGAGAAGGCACUGCCGAACGCCAGAAACCGAUGGCGACUAAAACGAAGCGGUUCAGUUUGUACUAUACACCGCAACCGUUGAGGAAAACCUAUCUCGAGACGGAUACCAGGACUGGCAGGAUCCCGUGCAAAUCGACGGCUCGUGCCAACAAGUCAAUGGAAACGAACAAGAGCAAAGACGAAGAGGCGGAGAGGAGCCGCAGGUCAGUAGCGGAUGCUUCGACGAUCGCUAGCAGAAGCAAAUCUAACCGACAGAAUGUUCACGUGCGGCCGAAUGUGGUAAACGCGAGCUUAAUCACGAGCAGGACAAAGUGAUGACACGGUCAGCAGACAAAGCUGUGCCGAACUUUAAUUGCCACUGCGGACAGAAUUAUCUAUUGGGCGAGAACGAUAGAGUCCAAAGGUGUAAUUAAGCACUUGAAACGACCGAGAAUGCAAGCCCACGCGUUCGCGCAAGUCCAAGCAUCGUGCGUUUGAAGACCUUGAAAGAUCCUCAUCAUUUUGUAUGCGCGUUGGAGAAAUGUGUUGCGUUACAUGGUUCUCAUAGAUUGCAGAUGGAAGCCCGCGUAGAUGUUAUGGUGAGCACGAAGGAAGCGAUGCUGACAUAACACAACGCAGGAGGAAGGAAAGGAAAUAUUGUGUGGUGGAAAUCUACUUGAUUCUUAAGAAACCACACCUGCAUUAAACUUAUUUAAAUUUCUUCGGAUUUUAGAUUCUCUCCAGUCCCGAUGUUUUAAAAUUAAUACGUAGAUUAUACUCAACACGCGAAACCUUUCUUUUAACUAUAUGUAUUUUCAUAGAAUUCCUGUUGCAUUUGCAACUGAAUAUCCGAGGAAGACCAAAGAUGGUUAAUCGCAGAAUGCGUUUUCAAUGGACAUGAUGGUACCAGGUUAAAAGUUGUGCGAAAAUUGUACUAUUUCAGUAUUAAUUUCCGGAGUGUUAAUCGGAAGGAUCUUUUAGCAAUUAAUACUGGUUGCAAUUCGUCCUUUUCUAGAGAGACAGAUGCUAGUUUAGAAUUAGAAUAAUAAAAGUAUAGUCGAUCGCGGUUUAGCGUUAAUUGACGUUGAUAGAACCGAAUCGUCCUAGAAUCAUGACGGCACUGUAAAGAGUAAGUUAAAUACAAGUGAUGACGAUCGAGAUUCGAACAAUCGGGCGAGCUUCGAAAUAAGAACAAAACAUGCCAAAUGCAUUUAUGUAGGUUAUUUUGUAUCGGAUGUCUACGUAAGUCUAGAUGUAGAUGAAACGCGAGUAAAUGGAAGAGUAUUCGAUCGACCCUUUCGGCUCCGUGACGCGAAACAAGUUUUAACAGAACGCGUGUUGAUGUACAAAAAAGCACAAUUCAAGAGCUUAUUCUUAAAUCAUCUCGAAUCCGUACUUGAAAAAGAAACAUAAAUUUAACAGUAUAAUAUGUGUGUGUGUGUGUGUGUGGAUUCAUUUGUAACACGUAUACUUUUAUUUCACACACAUACACACACAUAUAUAUACUUUAUAUUCCUUGUUAAGUUGGCUUAUUAAGAUGAUUUGGAAAUGAGCUCACAAAUAUUAUACGGAGGAUCUUUAGAGCUUACAGUUAUUUAUUUAUUUUGUUUCCACACAUUUUAAUACGAAAGAAAUUUGUUCCAAGUAGAAGUAGAUUUUGCAAUUUUAGACGGAAGGAUUGCUAUUUAGACUAAAAAUUUCCUCAGAUAGUAGAAUGUAGGACCGAGAGGUUUCAAAUAAUGAUUGAGAGGGUUAAAUUUGAUUUUCGAGAAGGUGCGAGCGAUUAACAAUUGGCGAUUAGCAAAUAGUAAUUAGCGAUUAGUGAUUGGAGUUUUACAAAGAACGUGAGAAUUUUCUUAACGAGAGACAAAGGGCGACAAAUCGUACAAUUCUGAGACGCCCGAGAUAAGUGUGCAGUGCAUAAUUAAAUUUGCUCAAGAAAGGGCGAGAAAACGAUUAUUUUUGUAAAGGUGCCGUUGAAUCGCGAGAUCGUACAAGCAAUAAAAGACGACGAUAGAAACUAACAAAGAAGAACACGCUCUGCGUAUGGGAAGACAGACAGAGAAAGAAAGAGAAAUGACUUAUUAAAAUUAUUUUUAUAGAUGUUUGUAAGAUGAAGACAAGAACCGAGCGUCAACUCUGUCAAGUCAAGGGGAAUGCAAUCGUAUUGGUGCAAUUAAAAUUUUUAGUGAGAUACAUACGAUAUAUCAAUUAUAGAAGUGCAUAGUGAUUUAUUUAAUUAAGAACCUUUUCCAUUUUUUAAUUUUCUUCAAACCAAGGAAUAAUGAUCAACAUAACAGAUGUGCAAGAAAGCUAUAUUUAUUGAAAUAUUUUUAUCUCAACAUCGUGCUCAUAAUUUCUUACAUUUAAGUUUUAACUCUUCAACGUUUUCUAUCCAAGCUCCAUCCAGAGAAAGGAAAAUUUAUAUAAUAUAUACAAAUACACAUAUAAUAUAAGAUUUGUAGAAAGUUAAAUAUCAUAAAUAACAGAGAAGAUUUUGAGUUAAAAAUUUGGCUAAUUGAAAAUAAAAAAAUUCGAUUCUCUUGACUCGACUUUAUCAAUACAGAAAAUUGUGAGACACGUCGCGCCCUUUGUUGCUCGGUCGUCGCUAAUUUAUGGCCAAUCCUGCAGCAGUUUUCCGACAAUUUCUGUAACGCGGUCGUAUGCGAUGUAUAUCGACAAAUUGUGUACAUAAUCGUAACGACAUAGGAUUCGAUUACUCAUAAAACGAUAAAAAUAGCAGUGUUACUGUGAUUUUUUCGCUCGUACGUUCGUUUAUGCGCUCGCGUUUGCCGCGGGAUUCCGAUUUUUAGGAUUUAUUUUUAGAAUUUAUACCAAUGCUAGUAAGUACUUUCUGUUCUUGUUCUGUUGUUUUAAUAUAUCCUUAAUAUCAUAACAAAGUAUACCGAUUCGCGCGACUACGAUAGGUUUCAAACGUGAUUCACGCCAAAUAUUGAAAUGCAUUAACUAGAUAUUUAUAUUAUAUCAUCUAUAUUAUAUUAUACAAGUAUAAAUAUAUAGAUAUAGUAUUCGCGCAUGUGAAAGCAAACGUUACAUAGAUAAGGCAAUUUUAUUCUGUCUCUGUAAAUUAGUUGUAUCUGUUUCUCGGUUUUGCAAAUCGCGAGAAUGAAUUAAAAGGCAAAUGCCACUUAUGCCACACGUUUUAGCAAUGUUAAUCUCGUCAGAUUAUUUACUUCUAAGAAAAUUUACUUCUAAUCAAAUCUGUACAAAUCUCAAAUUGAUUGAUUGAUUUUCGUGAUUCUCGCGAAGCCACUUGCAAAAUAUAUUUUUCACUAUCUAUCACAAUAUUGACUAUAUAUAAUCACGAUUUUAUAUAUAAAAUUGAUCGUAUUAUUUCUAAUGCGUAAAACGUAUUUGGUGAACGCAUAAAAAAUAUAUAAUUGUCUUUUUUCCCCUCGUGUUUGUAAAAUUAUUUGCUAUAUACAAUUUACGGUAGAAAGUUCGUGUUUGAAUUAUUUGAGAUUUUGAUUGACUGGAUUAGUCGACAUGAAGUAUUUUUGCCAGCAGUGAUAUAAAGAAGAGAUCGAUAAAUUAUACACGCGUGUUAAUCGUGCACAAUCGAUCGUAUCAAUACGCGCAAUGCUCGAGAGAGCAUAAGAGUUUCUACUUUAUUACCUUACAUUUACGAUUAUUAAAUGAUGACCACACGUCGUCAUAAGAGAAGCACCCGCAAAUAUUUAUAUUUAAUGUACUGCCACACGAAGCUUAUUAUUAUAAUUAUAUUGGAAAAUAUAAUUGCUAAAUUUCAAAUCCAA